AAGAUUUCAAGUUUUGAAAAUAAUACAUUAUCUAGACUCUUGUUUAAGCUUUAAAUUUUAUAGUUACAUAUGAAAGUAAAUUUUCUAGUCAUUCACAAAAAUUUUUAGGAGUAAAACAACAUGGAUACUAUUUCAUGUGCCUAGCUUUGAUUGUUUAAGAGCCCAGUCCUAUGUCCAGCAUAGUUCAUGCAAAGUGAAUUUAGUUCGUGCAUAUUAAACUCAAGUUGAAUCAAUUGGAUCGGAUUUAAAAAUAAAAAAUAAAAAAUCAAUCUAAGUGGUUAGUGUCAUAACUUUUUAAAACUAAUAUAGAAUUGGUGUUUGAGAUGGAGAGAGAGAUGCCAUGAAGGGAGAUGGAGAGUUUUUAAAACCAAUGGAAGAGAGAUUGUGAAGGGAGAUGGAGGGUUUUUUAAACCAAUGGAGAGAAAUCCUCUGCAGUGUGUAUUUAAGGGCACUUGUGGGGCAAUUUCUGUUCAUCCUUAUAUUCCACCACACUUAUAUUUUCAAAGAGAUUUGGAGUCCAUGGAAGGAGAAAUUUGGAGUCUAUGGAGGGAGAUUUGGAGAAUGUUAUCAGAUGGUGCACAAAUUUAUCUAACACAUCAUAAAGGCUAACUUCCAUUGUUGAUAUUAUGGGGUUUCUUCAGUGGUUUUUGCUUCUUCUGGUUCAACAAUGGCGGAGGCAUCUAGCGUCGAGGCUCUCUCAAAUUCGUCAAAGCUUGAGUCUUCCAGUUCAUCAAUGGCUGAGUCCUCAGGCAAGGACCUCUCAAAUUCUUCAAAGGCUGGUUCUUCUAGUUCGUCGAUGGCGGAAACCACCUCGAGUGAGGCGCUCUCAAGUUCUACGGAGACCGGGGCAUUGACUCAUGAGCUUAAGCCGCUGAAUAAGCCAUGGCAUGUGUAUACAACCGAGCAGGCUGAGGGUUUGAGAAGAUCGGUGGUUGAGUCCUUUCAAUCUGCCCCCUCUCUGCAACAGUAUUUCCCCCUGCAUUUCAGUACAUUGCAGGACUUUAUACCUCAACUAAAAUCAAAAUACCAUGUUUAUGAAGAUGCUUUCUUUAAAAAAGCUAAAGAGGAGUUGAUGGUUUCACGGGAGCAUCCCAUUGAAACAAUUGGGAUAGCAGUUGCAACAGGUCUUCUGCUUUUGCGAGGUCCAAGGAGGUUUUUAUUUCGCCAUACAUUUGGCCGCCUUCAAAGUGAAGAGGCACAAUAUGUGAGAACUGAAAAGCGUUUAACUGAAUUGGGUCUAUCUCUUGAUUUGAUGAAGAAGGAGAGCAAGAAGCUUCUGCAAAGGGCUACCUUUGCUGAAGAUGAAAUGAGGCGUGGGCAUGCAAAGCUUAAGAAUGCUGGAAAUGAGAUCCAGAGGCUUGUCAAUUCCGUUUACAAGAUGGAGCCUCAGGCUGCAGAUUUGAUGGAUGCUCUACGGGUAAUUCCUGGGAGGGAGGCCUUGAAACUACGAGCAGAGGUUGCUUCUAUGGCUUGCCAAGUGAAAAAAGAGAGGAGUGCUCUAGACAAAAAGUUACUCAAAAUCUCGGACUUCGGCAUUCCCGUUUGAUCUUUCCCAAUGAAAAGCCAUUUCCUCGACACAAAGGUCCUUUUGGUUCUCAGAGCCCACUUUUCGCCUCUGCAAGAACCGUCUAAAUGCAACGUUUUGGGUGGGCAAUGUUUGUCACUGUAAGGAUAGAUGAAUUGUUUCACUAUUUCACCAGCUUUGUAAUCCUAAUGAAAUAAAAGCAUGUAUAAUGUGGCCUGCGUGACCAUAUACUAUACGAUCAAUCCAUCCGGUGAGAGCUAUUUGGGAGGAUUUUUUUUUUC